AGACCAGAGAUACAGACAGAUAGACUGACAGACAGCCAGGGUCCAGGGAACAGUCCUAUUAUGGAAGUAGCUUUGUGUGGAAGUUACCUUUCUACCCGCAUCCUUUCUUUCUGCUGAGCUCAUCUGGAGACUUCAUGGAAAGUCUUUCAUCAUAGGUUUUCAUCUAAGCCAAGGAAUUAAGCUGGUGACCAUAGCAGUGUUGAUGUGAAUCGGAACAUUUGGCAAUGCACAAACCUGGAUAGUUGGAAACGUGCUGUGCCUGACGAGGCUGACCCGCGCUACCGAGACCCCCAGGAAGACCAUGCUGUCCCUCCUGCUGCCCACUCUGCUUGCUGUGCAAGCUCUCGCUGUCCUGGAAGUGCAUGUCCCAGAGCUGCCAGUGGUGGCGCUGUAUGGCAUGGACACCACCCUCAACUGUUCCUUCAGCCACGCCUCUCCCUUCAACCUGUCUGACCUCAGUGUCUUCUGGCAGCUGACGGACACCAAGCGCAGUGUGCACAGCUACUGGGCCAGCCAGGACCAGCUGGCAGACCAGGGAGAGCACUACGCCAACCGCACCAGCCUGUACCACGCUCAGCUGGGCUCGGGCAACGCCUCGCUCCUCUUGAGAGGGGUCCGGGUGGCCGAUGAGGGUAGCUACACCUGCUUCGUCAGGGUAGAGGACUACGGCAGUGCAGCCCUACUGCUCCAGGUAGCAGCCCUCUACUCCAAGCCUCUGGUGACCCUGGAGCCGAACUCCAACCUGCGGCCGGGUGACGAGGUGGCGCUGACCUGCGUGGCGUACGGUGGCUACCCUGAGGCUGAUGUACUGUGGCAGGACGGGGGCGGGCACAACCUGACGGACAACGUCACCACCUCCCUGGUGGCCAAUGAGGAAGGGCUGUUCAGCAUGCACAGUGUUCUGACUGUCACCCUGGAGCCCAAUAGCACUUACAGCUGCAGACUGACCAACCCAUUAUUGGGCGAGGAUGGCCACGCCUCCGUCACCAUCACAGGUCAGAACAUGGUGUUUCCUCCGGUGGCUCUGUGGGUGACGGUGGGCCUGGCUGUGUGUCUGCUGGGUCUGCUCAUCGCCCUGGCUGCAGUCUGCCGUAGGAAGAUCAAGGAGAGCUGUGAGGAGGACAGAGCAGCCAAGGAGCUUGAAGAGGCCAAAGAACUGCAGGAAGAGGAGCAGUCUAAGACAGCCAUGACCCCCCUGAAAAGCUAAAGCUAAAAGAACACAGGAGUGAGGAGGCAGACGGUGAGACAGCGAUGAGUCUUAUAUUUAAUCCCACUACACCUAUCCAUCAACGGAGAGACUGGUUCCACUGUCUCCUACCCACACAGUGUCCAGUCCUUACUGAGCUGACGAUGAGUCCAUCAUACCCAUCCCUACAGGACCACUUCCUCCUGGGUUUCCAAAAAAGACAUAAACCCAUCAUAUCCUAUUACAGCACUAUACAUUUCCCUGCCCCUGCUACUUUUUCAGUUAACGAAGACUGCUGCAGUAUAUGAACGCGGAUGUGAAGUCGUAUUCAUUUCUAUGCAAUAGGCUAAAGAGAAGCUCCACUUGAAGGCCACUGGAUUUGACAGGCUCCCUGUCUCAAACCUGGACAUCAUUUUCUCUUCACUAUGUAUCGAGGUAGGAAGUUUGAGAGGCCCAGGAUCUCAUUUCUAAUAGGAAGUGAACAGCUUAAGAGAUGACCAAGCUGAGGCUGCCAUCAGUGUCUCCCUAGCUGCCUACCUGCCAGAGACAGAGUGUAGCUGUGUAGCUCUCCAUUUACUCCUCGACUCACUAAUUAAUGGUUGCCCGUGGAGUAACUUGUACCUGUCAGUGUCUACCGCUCUCGUAUAUUCAAUAACUUGGGGGAAUUGAAAUUGAAUGCCAGCUAAGCUCGAGCAAACUGCAAAUGGUGCAUGGGAUACACCCUGGUUCUCUCAGUGACCUGACAGCAGCGUUAUAUGUAAGGUUUUUAAUGAACAUGGACUCUUCUCAGCUACUCUUGUCUGCCAAGGUGGAAUGUUUUAUGAAUGCAAGAUGGAGGGUGGGUGGGUGAUUGUAUAGGUUCUGUUACAGUAUACAGGUACUCGUGCAAGUCCUUGUGCCAAAUGUCAAUGUGCGUAUGAAUGCCAGAGCCGUCCAUAAAAGAACCCGGUGCCGAUUCGCAUUAAAGAGACAUGGUGAAAAUGUU